UAUAUUGAUUUAUAUUUACGUGGUGGUGUUUAUAUUGAUUUAUAUUUACGUGGUGGUGUUUAUAUUGAUUUAUAUUCACGUGGUGGUAUUCAAUUAUAUUGA